UACAUGAGGGUUGCAGAACCAUUUGUAUCACUACUGAGAAGCUGAAAGACCACUGUGAAGAUGGAAAUCACGGAUAGGAAAAAUGGCUCUGUGAGAAGGGCAAAGGGUGGAAUGAUCACCAUGCCUUUCAUCUUUGCAAAUGAAAUAUGUGAGAAAUUGGCAGUGGUAGGGUUUGGGGCCAACAUGAUAAGCUACUUGACCCUGCAGCUCAACUUGCCAUUGACAAAAGCUGCUAAUACUCUCACCAACUUCAGUGGAACUGCAAGCUUAACUCCUCUGCUCGGUGCAUUCAUUUCUGAUGCAUAUGCCGGACGCUUCUGGACUAUUACUAUUGCUUCUAUCAUCUAUCAAAUUGGAAUGAUUUGUCUAACCAUAUCAGCAAUUCUGCCAAAGUUAAGGCCUCCACCAUGCAAAGGGGAUGGUCAAGUGUGCCAAGAGGCGAAUUCUGGGCAACUAGCAAUCCUUUAUGUAUCGCUACUACUGACGGCUAUAGGAUCAGGGGGGAUCCGGCCCUGUGUGGUGGCAUUUGGCGCGGAUCAGUUUGAUGAAAAGGAUCCUAAACAAGCGACGGCUACGUGGAAAUUCUUCAACUGGUAUUAUUUCUGCAUGGGAGUAUCUAUGCUAGUUGCUGUGACUGUAGUAGUUUAUAUACAGGAUAAUGUUGGAUGGGGCUGGGGACUAGGAAUUCCAACUGUGGCAAUGGCCCUUUCAAUUAUUGCGUUCAUAGUUGGAUAUCCUCUUUAUCGGAAUCUGGAUCCUGCUGGUAGCCCUUUCACUCGAUUGGUACAAGUAUCAGUUGCUGCGUUUAGGAAGAGAAAUCUGCCUAUGGUUUCUGAUCCUAAGUUACUCUAUGAGAAUCAGGAUCUUGAUGCCCCUAUUUCUGUGGCUGGAAAGCUUCUUCACAGCAAACAUAUGACGUUUUUGGACAAAGCAGCCAUUGUAACUGCAGAAGAUGGUAUAAAAUCCUCAUCAACUCCGAAUCUCUGGAAACUAAACACGGUGCAUAGAGUCGAGGAACUGAAGUCCAUAAUUAGAAUGGGACCUAUAUGGGCAGCUGGAAUCCUUCUAAUCACAGCCUAUGCUCAACAAGGCACAUUUUCCCUCCAACAAGCCAAAACCAUGGACAGACACCUCACAAAAUCCUUCGAAAUCCCAGCAGGCUCCAUGUCCGUCUUCACCUUAACUUCCAUGCUCGCCACAAUCAUCUUCUAUGACCGCAUUUUUGUCCCCCUCACACGUAAACUCACAGGCACUGAGCGUGGAAUCUCCUUCCUAACUCGUAUGGGAAUUGGCUUCGCAAUCUCAGUACUAGCAACCUUUGUAGCAGGUUUUGUGGAAAUAAAGCGAAAACAAGUAGCCCUCGAGUCCGGACUACUUGACAAGCCUCAUGCCAUCAUCCCCAUAUCCGCCUUCUGGCUAAUACCGCAGUACUGCCUCCAUGGGAUAGCUGAGGCCUUCAUGUCAAUAGGCCAUCUCGAGUUCUUCUACGAUCAGUCACCCGAGAGCAUGCGGAGCACAGCUAUGGCAUUGUUCUGGAUGGCCAUUUCAGUUGGGAAUUAUAUAAGUACCCUCUUGGUUUCACUGGUUCACAAGUUCAGUCAAAAGCCUGAUGGAUCAAAUUGGCUUCCCAACAAUAACUUAAACAGGGGAAAGCUAGAGUACUUUUACUGGUUGAUCACAAUGCUUCAAGUUGGAAACCUUAUAUACUACCUUUUCUGUGCAAGAUUGUACACUUUUAAACCGAUUCAGGUUCACAGUACAGCCCAAGAUUAUGUGGAGGAGCACGAAGAUGUCGAACUGAAGACACACGUCUAGUUUUACUGUGUAGUGAAAUGCAAUAAGACAAUGCAGAUACCGAAACAGUUCUUGAAUUACUUUAACAUCUUAUGUCGAUUUUUAUUAAGAGGCCCUAUAUAUUUGGAGGUCUCAUUUAGGGUCUUGUUUAGUGUAUUUUACUAUUUUCCUCAAUAAAAUACAAAAAAAAUUAAUCGAGAA